AUGUUUCCCUUAUUUUCGAGAUUUUUUCCUGGAAUCAAAGGGAACUCUUUAACACGCGUUCUUGUAUUAAAUGUGCCAUCCUUUUUCACGCAGGUUCUUGUGGUUUACAACUUUGCAUGCAGCCUGAUCAGUUUUUACUCCGUUGCUGUUAUUGUUGUGGCGCUUGCAAGAAACUGGCCGCAUUCGCUCUUUGUUUGUGAAGAAGAUGAGCUUGUGAAGCACGGUCUUUGGGUAUAUUACAUGACAAAGUACGUUGAGCUUCUGGAUACUGUGUUUAUGGUACUUAGACACAGACAGCGACAAAUUUCCCUACUCCAUGUAAGUAACAUCAGAUGUCCUGCGUUUUGCCAAGCCCAUGGAUUUCUCUUCCAAAUAAACCGUUUACUUUCAACCCACAUUCGGCGACAAAAUUGUUGAGACAUUGUACUCAAAUAGGGUAACUACUGAGAACAAAAGAAUCCACACCCGUCCCCCUCCCCUCCAUUCAAAGUUGCGGUGUUUGUUGUUUUCUAUGGGUUGCUCGAACAGCGGCACAACAUUGCGUGGAGGGGAUGGGGGAGGAAAAGCUUUAUUUUCCCCUUUGGAAGUCACUAAAACAUCAGAAAGCCCCUUUAAGGCGAAGUGUCUCAACUAAUUUUGUCGCCGAUUGCAGGUUUACAUUUAAAAUUGUGUGUGGUGUAGAGCAUUGUUUGUGAAGUUUCGCUGGGGACUCGCCAGAGUGCAACUAGGCUAUCCAUAAAAUGCUUUCGUAGUCAGAAAUAUUCGGAACAAGCCUGAUUACUGGUUAACUAUUUUUCGUUUUAAAAUGUUGACAUGGUGCAAGAUGUCAGUGUGCGUUGGGGCUACCGUACCUAUAAAGUAAUUUCAGUCUUGAUUUUGAAGUAUCUACAUUUUUAUUCUAGAAUAGUAGAAUAGUAGAAUAGCUUGAAUAGUUUUAAUUUCCAGCUUUUUUAUAUGUUUUAUAGUACUUAAUUAGUUUCUAUUAAUGAUGUAAUUUAGUUUUAAAGGUGUCCUCAAUUAGUGCCAAUAGGCACUACAACGAUUAGACACUUUAAUAAAGGUUAUGUUUGUAUGUAUGUAUGAUGUAUGUAUGUCCCAACGGUGAUGCGUACCGCCAUGUCCAAUACAUAUGUCACCGGGGUGAUUUGCACAUGUGAACACCCCGCAAGUGCCACAGUUCAACGACACUAGGGGCACGUGCGUCAUGCAUUUUUGUAUAUGAAUUUCCUCGCCGUUCUUGUACAACGACAUGAACUGACUGUAGAUUGUCUAUCUGAGUUUGUACGUGGUCCCUUCUCUUUUAACUCCAACUCGGAAAACUUCAUUUCCCAACUUUUUAAUAACUGAACGAGCUGGAAUAUUGCGAAAAAGUUUCAGACGAAGUGAAGUCAGUUUUUUUUACGUUUUCACUAGUUUUCCUUUUUUUUUUUCGUUGUCCCUGCUGAUGUCGUAUGUGCUCUUUGCAGGUCUACCAUCACUCCUCCAUGGUGAUGCUAAGUGAGUAUGCCUGCACAUACGGCAACUGGCCUGCUAUAUCAGUACCCCUCGGACUUAAUGGCAUCAUUCACGUAUUUCUCUACUACUACUAUGGAUAUUCCGCCCUUAACCCGGGUCAAAGACCAGCCUGGAAGAAGAACCUGACACAACUACAGCUCAUACAAUUUAUGAUCGGCUUAUGUCACAUGGUGGUUGGUUAUCUGCAGCACGGAUGGUGUUAUUAUGGCAUUAUAUAUGAAAUGACCAUGAUCUGGUUAUUUUCUAACUUUUAUUAUCAUUCCUAUCUUAAAGAAAGGGCUACUGUAAAAAAGGUUGAGUGAUAACUCAACGCCAUAGUUAGGCUAUAGUUGUCCGUAAGGCCAAGGCCAAACGUCCAACUUUUCAUG